AUGUAUAUUGCCAUUAAUGCAAUCGAUAAUGUGUCAGUAAUGGACCUUGACAACAGUGAAUAUAAAACAUGCCUUAAUUUCCACCCCAUAAGCAAUAGCUUUACUGGUCCUGAUUUGAGGAUUGUGAUGAUUGGACGAUAUGGUGUGGGCAAGAGUGCUGUUGGGAACACCAUCCUGGGAUAUAAGCGUUUCAGAUCUUGUCCUUUAUCUGCAUCAGUGACUGAGUUCUGUCAAAAAGCUUGGGUACAGUGGGGAAAGAGAAUAGUUAGUGUUGUAGACACACCAGGGAUCCUGGACACUUCAAAAUCAGAUGAGUUCAUCAAAAGAGAAAUUGUGAAAUGUGUUGAAAUCUCCUCUCCCGGUCCUCAUGUGUUCCUGUUGGUCAUCCAAAUUGGCCGAUUCACAAGAGAAGAGAAAAACUCAGUGGAAGCCCUGCAGGAGCUGUUUGGCCCCGAGGCAAACAAGUACAUGAUUGUGCUCUUCACCCGUGGUGGUGAUCUUGGAGGCGUAUCCAUAGAGCAGUAUGUACGUGAACACAGCGCAGAUCUUCGCUGCAUCAUCCAAAGCUGUGGAAACAGGUUCCACGUCUUUGACAACACCAGCAGUGACAGAACGCAGGUGGUGGAGCUGGUCAAGAAGAUUGAUGGCAUGAUGGCAAGAAACGGGGCCACAUGCUACACAAACACCCUGUUUAUAGACAACAUUCCAUUGUCUAAAAGAUUAGAUUACUGUUGGAUUACAUGA